UGCUCCUUGAUGUUGUGGUAAAGCAUGCGCAUGCGCCACACAUUGGAAUUACUGCACUGGCCAGAAUAAGUUGGAUCACGUCUGUCUUCACUGAAAUCCAAAAUCAUAUCAAAACUAUGGCGGUGUUGAGAAUAAGAACAAUGAGAUACUUUGGGGUUUGGACCUUCCUCGUAAUAGUGGCUGUGGUCUGUGCGCAAAGGGUCAAUGACCCUAGCAAUAUGUCAAUCGUAAAAGAAACGGUGGAUAGACUGUUGAAAGGAUAUGACAUUCGCUUGAGGCCAGAUUUUGGAGGUCCCCCUGUGGGAGUGGGGAUGAAUAUAGACAUAGCCAGCAUAGAUAUGGUAUCUGAAGUCAAUAUGGACUAUACAUUGACUAUGUAUUUCCAGCAAGCUUGGCGAGACAAGCGGUUAUCCUACUCGGAGAUUCCCCUCAAUCUCACCCUGGAUAACCGGGUAGCGGAUCAGCUGUGGGUCCCAGACACCUACUUCCUAAAUGACAAGAAGUCUUUUGUCCAUGGUGUCACAGUGAAAAACAGAAUGAUUCGACUCCAUCCAGAUGGAACCGUGCUCUAUAGCCUGAGGAUCACCACUACAGCAGCUUGUAUGAUGGACCUGAGACGAUAUCCGCUGGACGAACAAAACUGCACACUGGAGAUAGAGAGCUAUGGGUACACCACUGAUGACAUAGAGUUCUACUGGCGAGGAGGUCAUAACGCUGUGACGGGGGUGGAGAGAAUAGAACUACCACAGUUCUCCAUCGUGGACCACAAACUCAUCUCUAAGAAUGUCGUCUUCUCUACAGGAUCCUACCCCCGACUCUCCCUCAGCUUCAAGCUGAAGAGGAACAUUGGCUACUUCAUCCUGCAGACCUACAUGCCCUCUAUCCUGAUCACCAUCCUUUCCUGGGUCUCCUUCUGGAUCAACUAUGACGCUUCCGCUGCCAGAGUGGCUUUGGGAAUCACCACUGUGCUGACCAUGACCACCAUCAACACUCACCUGCGGGAGACCCUUCCCAAGAUCCCCUACGUCAAGGCCAUUGACAUGUAUCUUAUGGGUUGCUUCGUAUUCGUCUUCCUGGCCCUGCUAGAGUACGCCUUGGUCAACUACAUCUUCUUCGGCAGAGGACCCCAGCGCCAGAAGAGAGCGGCUGAGAAAGAAGCUGUCGCCAACAAUGAGAAAAUGAGAAUGGAUCCAAACAAGUGGUUGGUGGGAAAUGUAGUUCAGAGAGACGAUACUCUGUAUGCCAGAAUGAAACAGAGGGAUAUUGACGCUCAUGACUCGAUGUGGGAACCAAUCUUUGUGGACGAUGCAGCGAUAGGACUAGGCGAGGAAAAGAAUAAGAUGGACCCGCAUGAAAAUAUUCUACUGGGCACUAUAGAAAUUAAGAAUGAGAUGGGAGCAUCGGAGCUGACCCUUGGUCUCAGUGACCCCAGGAGCACCAUGUUGACUUAUGACAGCUCCACCCUGCAGUACCGCAAAGCAGGGCUGCAGGCCAGGCACAACUUUGGACGCAACACCCUUCUUCUGCCUCAGAAGAAGAACCGGCUACGGAGGCAUGCUUCACAGCUGAAGAUCAACAUUCCCGAUUUGACUGAUGUAAACUCUAUCGACAAGUGGUCGAGAAUGAUCUUCCCCACUGUCUUUUGUUUGUUCAACAUAAUCUAUUGGCUCUACUACGUCAACUAAAUGGACUUCAGCAAGGGCAGAACUAAACAAACAACAAAGCUCGUUUUUCUCUGAAUAGUUAUCAUUUUGCUGUUUGUUCUUGCAACACAAGACUGAAUUACUAAAACAAAAUCAGGACUGACUCCAUUUUACCUUGGAACACCUUAAUUGCUGGCUAACACAUGAAAACCUUAGAGGAGAGAGAGAGAGAAAUUCAGAACAUAUACUGUAUGGUGCCUGUACCAGAGUUUUUGUUUAUAAUUUUACAAGUACAAUAUUUAGUGAAUUUAGUAUUUUAUCAUUUUUAAACGUUUGUUUGCAUAUAUUUGUAUGUUUUUACAUUUUAAAAUCUUUAUAUAUAUCUCUCUAUCUAAUUUGUUGCCAAAACAUAGUUAGAAAUAUUAAUGAUAUAUUGAUUUUUAAAUAUCUCAGACCACAAAGACACUCCUUAAAACAGUUACAAGCAUGUUCAGGUCAAUCUUUUCUAAGACUCAUUACUUCAAAGAUGUAAUGUUAUUUAUCCUAGAAUUUAUUUUGUCUUUAUAUUGUGAAGUUUCACGUUUUCAUAGUAUUAAUGUAUUAAGUCAUAGUAAAAGGGUUUUACGAUUAACCAACCUUUUCUACCUUGAUAUAGUUGAUAAAUCAUAUUAUUAAUUUUGAAGCAUUAUUUCAAUUCUAUGAAAGUGUUUGAUAGUGUAGUAGAUACUAUUUUAGACGACAGAAACAAACAUCAUUCCUAACCUUGACAGAAGAAACUAGAAAGUAAAGUUUAUCGGCCGUUGACAUUGAAUGCUGUAGCAUAGCUAACAGAUAAAUGCAUCACAAAGCCUUUGAUUCAUGAUUUGAUAUUGUUUUCUUAAAGUAUUCAUUCAGAAAAGGUACAGAAUAUUAACUUGAAAUGUAGAAGUUGAAUAUAUUGCAAAAAAUGAGAAGAAACUGAGAAAGAAAUGGAGAAAGAGAAUGUUGCAUUAGUCUUCAAUCAGUUUAAGAGUCAGUGAUACAGUGAUAGAUCAUGUAGAAGAUCAAUUGAAGAAAAAUACACAAACGUGUCUCUGAAAAAUUGUCCUUUGUCCAUUUCGGUCCUUUGUUCACAUAUCCGGAAGAUUACAGGAUAAUAUGAUGUAUUUGCUCAUAAUUGUUCUUCACAUGGAUAUACAGAAACAAACAUUGGCUCUAGUUUGUUAAGAAACAUCAGAUGGCAUCUUGUAAUUCCUAUUCCUAAUGAAUUGAGCCAGCAGUUAAGGAUUCUAUGAUAGGCAUUUCAUGAUGCAUCAAAAGACAAUCUUUCCUAUCACCAUGAUGUGUAAAUAUCUCUUGUAUAUGAUUAUUUCAAAAGUAAUGAUAUCUAUCACAGUUCCAGCGAGGAUCCAUCCAGAAUUAGUCCAUGAUAUAAUUAUCUUCAGGAAGUUGCAAGGGUUUGAAAACAAAGGUUUUGAGCAGCUCCACGUACUUAAAUUAUACACUGUCAUUACUGCCAUUUUUUAUCAAAUAUCCAGGUGUUGAUAGUAACUAUACAAAACAAAGAGUAUGAUAGAGAGAAAAGGCUGCUCUGCAAGCUGGCAAGAGUAACCACAAUGCACGAAAGCACAAUGCUGCUCCAAAUCUCAAUUGAAAAUGGACAGUCGUCUUAAGAUAAUAUGUUUAUUUCUGAUAAUCAGUUCAUUAAGUUUCUCUACUUUCCUGCCAAAUGAUUACUAUAAGUAUAUUGUAAUAAUACUCCUUUCCUGCCAAAUGAUUACUACAAGUAUACUGUAAUAAUACUCCUUUCCUGUCAAUGCAUUCCAUUACUCUACUUUCCUGCCAAAUGAUUACUAUAAGUAUACUGUAAUAAUACUAAUUUCCUGUCAAUGCAUUCCAUUACUCUAGUUUUCUGCCAAAUGAUUACUAUACAUAUACUGUAAUAAUACUCAUUUCCUGAUAAUGCAUUUUUACUCUACUUUCCUGCCAAAUGAUUACUAUAAGUAUACUGUAAUAAUACUCCUUUCCUGUCAAAUGAUUACUACACUUAUACUAUAAUAAUACUAAUUUCCUGCCAAAUGAUUACUAUAAGUAUACUGUAAUAAUACUAAUUUCCUGCCAAAUGAUUACUAUAAGUAUACUGUAAUAAUACUUCUUUCCUGCCAAAUUAUUACUACAAGUAAACUGUAAUAAUACUCCUUUCCUGUCAAUGCAUUCCAUUACUCUACUUUCCUGCCAAAUGAUUACUAUAAGUAUACUGUAAUAAUACUCAUUUCCUGCCAAAUGAUUACUAUAAGUAUACUGUAAUAAUACUAAUUUCCUGUCAAUGCAUUCCAUUACUCUACUUUCCUGCCAAAUGAUUACUAUAAGUAUACUGUAAUAAUACUAAUUUCCUGCCAACUGAUUACUAUACGUAUACUGUAAUAAUACUCCUAUCCUGUCUGGUUGUUUACCUUAUUAGUAAUACUCCAUGAAGGAUCGAUCACCUUAUGGCAACACUGCCAAUAGUAGAGUCAGCAUUCAAUGGAAAUUAAGAAACGUCAUAAACAUUUUGGAAACCGAAACACACAGUAGUACAUCGUACAACUGUUGCGUGUACCAUGUUUGACCACUGACUUUGUAAAACAACAUUUUGCAGACAAACAGAUCCAAAAGCCAUAGUGUCUGUAUAGUAGGUGGUGCAACACUUAUUGGUGCUCUUGAGACUGCUCCCUCAAAACAGAGAUAUAGUUAGAAGAGAGAGACUAGAACAUUACAAUGUAUCUCCUAUGUUUCUUGAAAAUGUAUGGAAACACACACAGCGAUAACUGCACAAAUAUUAUAAAUGAUUUAUUAGUGAUUUCUGAUCAUUUUAGUGUUUGGUGACUCCCUUAGAUGAUCGGUAACAAUUAAAUAUAGAAAACAACCCCAUGAACAUGUGAAUUAUCGUUACAUGCAGAUGUUGUGACAUCACCUCAAGUGCAAUUGCAUGUUUUCAACAUACGUGGUAUUCACCCCAAAACAAUUCGUAUUGCAUGUUUUCAACAUACGUGGUAUUCACCCCAAAACAAUUCGUAUUGCAUGUUUUCAACAUACGUGGUAUUCACCCCAAAACAAUUCGUAUUGCAUUUUUUCUUCUCACUUCUUUACAUCUGCAUGUUCUUUUCUCAAUAAUAUCAAUGGACAAAAGUCCACUUCCUUCUCUUUUUUGGGGCUUUUUUGGGGCUUCUGCCCUUGCUUCUGCGUCUUCUGACGCUUACUUUUACACAAUCCAAACAAAGGUAGCCAUCGCACUCUUGUUGUGACGUGAUGAACAUCAUUUAAAUGUACAGUAUAAGGAUGAACAAGUAAUGGUUGAAAGUAAAGGGUUUGUUUAGGAUUUUUUUUCUGUGUGUCUUUGCAGUGUUAACAUUCUAUUAUGGUUUGAAGUGGUGAUAGAAAUGCAGCUACUCAUUAUCAAGAGAAUGAUUAUAAAGUUGAUGAGUGAUACAGGAUUAACAUGAGACUACGGCUGGAAUUCAGUCAAACCCGCACAGCAGAAAAACAUGAUACAUUUUUUUAACAUACAUUUUCUGGCAGAAAAAUUAAGGAUAGUAAGACAUGACCUAAGUGAUUUUACCACCCAUGUGGUUUUCUGCGGUAAAGGUUUGAUUGAAUACACCCUUAUUAACCAUGCAUACUAAAUAUGGCUAUUUAACCUAAUCUAUAUCUAUAUAAUGAUUUGUUUAUAUGGGCUAUUUUUUACUUUUCACUCAUGUUUAAUGUAUCAUUACAAUAUUGUGUUUGUGUAAUUUAUUUACAUAUACUCAUAUGGCCCUAUAUUACAUUUUGUUUAAUGUUCACUCACUCUAUCUACAUGUACAUUUGUAGAAGCUUGAAUAUGAUUAAUACAUACAUUGAUCUACAGAAAUGUCUUGAUAUUGGUGUUGUACGAUUUUUCACAGGGUUGGGGUAGGGCUGUGUUCAAAAACCUGUUUCUAGGUGUACAUAUAAUGUAUUGUUAGUAAACCUCAAUUGGAGCCUGAUAUUCCUGUAAAUAGAAGACUAAAAUCAAUUUUCAACUUA